CGUUGUGACCACAUCCAUUGUUCAUGUUGUAGCUAGCUCUGUUUCUAUCCGCACAGCACACACACACUGCAUGCAAAUGGUUUUGCUGAUUGUAAGAGCUACUCAUAUAUUAAUAUUUACUGUACCUAGAUCUAUAAAAAUAAUAAUCCACUGUAUGUCAUUCUUCUUGUUCUUAAGCGCACGACAUCACUCUAACGCGCGCUGUGAUUGCUUAGAAGUUGGCUUAGUAUGUAUUUAUUAACAGAAAAGCAUCCAUAGUUUUACUCGGGGUGUUUCUUUAACCCUUUAACCGUCACGGGCCACGAUCGUGGCCCGCAAUAGUGACUUUUUUUGCGAAAUUCUAAUUCUGCGAUACUUAGGAAGUAGCUCGAACUACGCACAUCCCUGUAUAGAGGAAGAGCUGUAGAAUCACGUGCAAUUUAGUCUAGAAUUUUCCAAGCCACAUUGCUAUGUUAAAAUUUCAUUAGCAUCUUACCGCACGAAGUUUAUAGCUAUGGCUAGGUUGUUUACUUGUGCCGAUGUGCUUGAACAGCUUGAGGACAGCAAUGGCGAUGUCUCCUCUGGUGAUGACAGUGCCUAUGAAGGAGAGGGGAUAGUAGGAUACCUCCCAAAGGCUACCAGCUUUAUGCCAGACGCUGAUGAACUGUCUGGGACUGAGGACAUGCAUGACAUGGACCUAGACGCUAGAGCUAUGGACCAGGACGGUGAAAGACCAGGAGAGGGCUCACUGUGUGACUCUGAGUCUCAAAUCAUCACUGUAUCGCCCACUGGCAACCAGACCGUGCCUGCUGGAAGUGAUGUCAACAUUACGUACACCUGCAACGUACCAGCUGGGUUUAUCGUAGAGUGGGUGUUCGGCGUGGUGCAACUCAGUCCCGGGUCAUCGAACGCACAAAUCCUCGCCGAUAAUGGACUCAUACUUGAUCCGCCCACCGAGGGCUGAAUGACCAACAUCAUUGUGACGAGUCUUGGCAGAGAAAGGUUGGGUAGUAACAUCCAACUGCGUUGCUCGGCUUUGCAACAGUCACGUGUUGAAAUUGUGUUCGGAGACAACUACUAUGUGCGAACAUUUGAUAUCCCUGGUCCUCCUGAGAACUUUGCGUUCAACCCGAUCCCUACCGACACAACUCGACUUGUCCUCUCCUGGGACCAACCCGGUAACACCAUCAUCGACGAAGAUGACCCCGUCACUACCACCUACACUGUGACUGUGACUGGACCAACCUUCAACUUCAACGUGACCACUACAGACACGAGUUACGAGUUUACGGAUGAGUUGAACGAGGCGUGUGCAACGCACGAUAUAUUUGUGUCGGCUAGUAACGCUGCUGGUCAGGGAAUGAACGUCACACGGCAAGAAACCAUCCCUAUUACUCCUGACAUCAGAGAUCUGAGCAGUUCACUGAGAGUGUCUAGAAUCAAUCUCUCUGGUGGGGAUGUGGCUGUCGACGUCACCUUCAAUCCUGCUACCAUCUGCAGUGUUAUGAACUUCCCUCUCGUCAGUUACAUGGUGAACGUUGCCAUGGGUAACGAGACGGACUCCAUGACGUACCUGGUAACGGACCGCCUUAUAGCCGGCCAGAGCCCCAUCACCCUCCCUGUGCCCAGUGGUAUGCUACAGCAGGAUGAAGAAUACCAGGUCACUGUGUCCGCCUGCAUCACUGUCACAUGUCGGACCACCCUCGUUCCUGUGUCAUUCAGGACAACUGACGUACAAUCAGCCAGCAUCACGUUCUUCGACACCAACGUCUUCCUCGAGUGCACCUUUGUCAACAUGAUUGCCGGCCUGGGGUGUGCCUUCAGGCUAACUGUAACUAGUGGUGAUGUGGAGACUAUCUUUGUGCCUGUCAACGCAGGUAGUAUGUGCUCUAUGACACAGAACAUGCAGAAUGCGUAUACCAGUAUCAAAGCUGUGGAUUGGGAAUCUGACAUGGUUUUUGGAAUGGCGGCAACCCGAGUAACAAUUAACUCCGCUGAUGCUGAUAACUACACCAUGGUGACCGGCUGUGUUCCACCAACUCCACCUGAUAGUCUGUCUGGUGGUGCCAUUGCUGGUAUUACGAUAGGGGUCAUCUUGGCCGUCCUCAUCAUCAUAGCCGUUGUCAUAGUGAUAGCGAUGGUGGAGUACAAACGACGAGCAAGUAAGCAGCCCAAGAUUAUGAGGUACGACGAAGAGAAGGUCUCCGUCGACUUUGACAAGCAGUGGCUAAUGGCAGAUCACGAGCUACCAAAAAAGAAGAAGGCGAGCUUCAGGAGAGGCAGAUCACUUGUGGACGGAACUGAAGAGGCGUCCAUAGCUUUCACUCCAAGUGAUGCUGCUGGUGGACCACCCCCUCUUUCUCUGGCACAGCCGUCCCUCACCGACUCCACGGCAGCGUUCUCGCUUCACAUUAGCCGUGACAAGAAAAAAGCUCAUCUCCACCUCAACAGGGCCCUCAUUCGCAGGGCUCUCAAGGAGAGGAAGAUGACCACUCUCGAGAAGAAGUCAGCCAGGGCCACGCCAACUCAAUCCAUACGCGAGUUUCUGCUCCCGCUCCACUCUGAGAUCCGUGUAACAGGAGAGGAGAGUGACGAGGACGUUCAGAUUGACGGUGGGGACGGAGGAGAUGGUGAAAACAUCAUUGCUGAACUCUAGGGACAUCAUUCGUUGUACUGAGCUGAACAGUUAAUAUACUGUUUUUAUAGCAUCUUUGUGUAUAGCUACCUUUAUACUACCUUUAUAGUUUCACAAUAACAGAAAGGCCGUGCUUUGUGUCCUUGUUGCAUUCCCACCAUUGUGUACUAGCUUAUUUCUGUGUAACAAACAAU